UCGUCACGUGAUCGGUUAGGAACUGGAGAAGGAAAAAAGUCGGGGGAGGGUGUUGGUGUGAAACGCUGACAGAAGGCUGGCAGGCAGGUACAGAGGGCUACCAGCUUUGAUCAGACGUGGUCUUGGAUGACGGUACCGGGGGAGCUCGGCUGCUGAGGCUGCAGUACGGAUAUGACGGGCCUGUGACAGACUAGACAAUGGCUGACGGCAUGUCCUCAGAGAUCCCGCGCUCCUCUAGCUUCUCUUUCCAGUCAUCAGUGCACAGUGCCCAUGUCCUGCGCUGCCUGGAUGAGCAGAGGAGGUGCGAUGCACUGUGUGACCUGACAGUGGCGGUAGAGAGCCACAGCUUCCGCGCGCACCGCGCUGUGCUGGCCGCCUGCAGCGACUACUUCCAGAGCCGUGUUGGGAGCCACGCUGGCGAGGGGCUCAUCAUCACCCUGCCUGAAGAGGUGACCGUAAAAGGUUUUGAGCCAUUGCUACAGUUUGCCUAUACUGCCAAGCUCUUAUUCACCAAAGAAAACAUUCUGGAGAUCCACAACUGUGCAGCCAUCUUAGGAUUUCACAACCUCGACAAAGCUUGUUUCGAGUUCCUCAUCCCCAAGUUCUUCGACAAGAGCAGGAGUCUGCAGGGAACUCGGAGGAAGCCGUGCUGCAGACGGAAGCGGCAGGUGGACGUCAGCGUAGGUGUAAUCGAGGAUGAUGGUCACCAUGGGGCCCAUCCAUCUGCUGGGCCUGAAACGGCGCUUCCCGAAAGGAGGAGCGGUGAUAUUCAGUGUCCUGUGAUAGAAAUGUCCUUGGAGGUAGCAGAGAGCCACGGACAGGAUUGCGCUGAUAUGGACGUGCAAAUGGACUACGCCCUUUCGAGUUCCAACAGCAGUGCAUUGCAGGUGGCUUGUGGGAAGGACCGUUUGUGUUUGGAGAAUUGCGGUCCUCAGAUGCCAUUCCCGUCGCCAGCUCUGUCCAGUGAAGGUUGCGCGUCCCCUUGCCUACCCUGCAGUGGCGAGGACCACGAAGACAGUGGUGUUUGUUGUGGGACCAGGACCGAGAUCGGUGACGUUUGUGUGAGCGAGGUUGCCAUUACAGCCGACUCUCUCCCCUGUGUGACGACAUCUCCUGGAAGUCCUGCCUCCAUGGCCUUCAGGGAGACGCUAGACAUGGCCUGCAGUCAGCCUUGUGGACCAGCGCCGCCCGGGCCUGGCUGCUGUCCAGUCGCUCCCUUUGGAGAUCUUGAGUCUUCUGCAGUCGUGGGAGGAGAUGCAACGCUGGGACAGACUGGAAGUCAAGAGGUGGUGGACAUCAUCCCUUCUGAGGCAGCCCUCCCCGACCUGACUCCAGACAAGCCGGGGCCUGAACGGAGCAGUGUGGAGCGGGAGGUGGCCGAGCACCUAGCCAAGGGUUUCUGGUCCAAUUUGUGCCCCCCGCAGGCCGAGUCCCUGCUCUUGGAACCUGUGGCCCAGUCCACGCUGGACAAGACCACAGACUUCCACUGGCUGAAGCACCUGGACUUGACAUCCAGCACAGGUGACUGCCCCUUCCUCAGAGACCUGGGCGCCGAUGAGGUGCAGCAUCCCAAUAACCAGCAGGGGCUGCAGGUGGAGAAGAGCCCCGAAGUCUCCUCCAUCAACUCUGGGGAGGAUUCCGAUUUCGACACUGAUGGGGAUAGCGAGCCGUACACCAACGAGAGAGCUCAAGAGGUACAGCUCCCCUUUCCGGUGCAGGAGAUCUCGUCCCUGAGCCGCAACGACUUCCAGCAUCUGCUGAAGGUGCACCCCCUGACCCGGGAACAGCUGGACUUCGUGCAUGACAUCCGGCGUCGCAGCAAGAACCGCAUGGCGGCGCAACGCUGCCGUAAGCGCAAGCUGGACUGCAUCCACAACCUGGAGUGCGAGAUUGACAAGCUGAACAGCGAGAAGCAGAAGCUGCUGCAGGAGAGGAACCAGCUCCGGAUCUCCAUGAAGGAGACUCUGCAGAAGCUCUCAGGCCUGUGCCAGAAGGUGUGCAGUGAGACCGGCCUUGCGCCAGAGCAACUGCAGCCCUUGGCUAAGCAGUCAACCCUGAACGGGCUCCCCACCGCCGCCGUCGCCCCCCACCGGGACAGCCCCGAGCAGGACACCCCCACAGGCUUCUCUGUAGACUUCUGUGCGGAUGAUGUCAUCACCGCCACCCAGCAACCAGCUCCGCCGGUGUGUGGUACUGACGGGCCUGUCUCCGUGGCAACCGACUGCCCCACUCCGGACCUUUGCGACCCCAUUUCCAUCAUGGGUAUCUGUCUGGACAGGAGCGCUACGUGUGUGACUGACACGGGGUCUUUCACACCCUCCCCCUUUCCUAAUUUUAAAUAACGGACUUAAACAUUUCGUUUAUCAUUUUUAAACCUUGUGGUGUCGGGUCCACGGAAUUUGUCCCUGCAGUAUUAUCCGAGUCUUUUUUAGAUGUAUCUUUAAUAUACAAUGUAUGUAAACACACCAUCGUUUUAGCCAGGGAAUGGAAAAGGCUGUGGAAGCAAGGGUUGCUUUUUUGUUACUACCAAAGAUCAGCACCCCAGCAUAAAGCAAACUAGUUUUUAUUAUUGAUUAUACCUUCCUAGUGAGGUCUUUAUAAUGAAUGUACAUACAAGUAUAUGUACUUUCAGUAUGUUUCUGUAUGUUUGCAUACAUACAGAAUAUUUACAGAAUCAGUAUGACAUUUCAGUAUGUAGUAUGUAUGUAACAUUUGCAAGAUUUAUGGAUCUUAUGGUCAUAACCCUGUUAUUCUUUUUAAAUGGUAUGGCCAGGAAUUUGGUUUAAAUGCACUGGAACAAAGUGCCUUAUUUUUAAGUACGGGACCACAGCAUGCCCUGAAAAUGCUUCUUCCACAGCUCCACUGUCCACUGCAGCCGGACCAUUCCUGGAUUGGGGGGGGGGGGGGUCGUUUUAUGGUCACACCUUGGGUGGAUGUCAUGUCCUUUUGAGGACGGGUGCCCAGUGGCCUGAAUGGGAAACGUUUCCAGUAACAAAUCCGGUUUAUUGGAGACGUCGCCAACUGGCAUGUGCCGUGCUGACCUGGUGAUUAUUUGACAGUCCUGUGUUUGUUGACGUAACAGCAGAACAUAUGCCGCACAUAGACCUGUGCAACUUAGGCUUUUUGGUCUGUGUUCUCUUUGGGUUGCAUUUUUUUUAAUUUUGAAAUUCACAGCUGGGUAUUAUAAAGUAGCAAAUUUAGAAUAGGUACCUCCUGUUAAGCUACAUCAGUUUUCUUGGGGUUAACUUGAACCUCAUAGCCUCAUCUCUGAGUACUCUAACCCUAUGUUACCCUCCGUAAAAUAUGUGCAAUAGGAAUUAAAUGAAUUAUAGAUUGUAUGAGGUUUUAUGAAAGUGUUUAGCAAAACAAAUUGCAAAAAAACAGCUAUGUAAAUUUCGUAGUCGUCUUGUUUUGAAACAAGCGUCUUUAAUAUGCAAUAUUCCAGGGUUCUCUCUUGCAGACACUGAACCUGCGUGUGUGCUUUUAGCACGUGGGGCAGUGUUUCCCAACUCGGUCCUCAGGGACACCCCCACGGUCCACAAUUUACUGUCUCCCAGCUCCUUCCCAGACAGCCUACAACGUGGACGUCUGGGUUUCCCAGUGACUGAUAUAGAGUCAAUCACCUCAUCAGCUAUGGUAAAUUUCAGCAGCUCAAUCAGCCGAUUUAAUGAAGCCGAAAUGCAAUAGCAAUCAGCCCCAAACCUUUGCUGGGCAGAUGUAUCCUCACGAGCUGGUUAGUCGCUGCCGUUUGAGGCAGGAUUUACAAUCAUACUUAUUCCGAUCUCGAGUUGAAGAGCGGCUGAACACAGUUUGAUAUAGGUGAUUAGUUACUAAAUAUAUUUAUUACAUUGAUUGAUAAGGAUGUACAAAAUAUGUUUUUAUUACUGUCAAUGUUAUUGAUUGUACGGAGCAAAUCGCAGGUAGCAUUAAAGCGCCUAGAUUUCAAGUCAAACUCAAGUCAGUAGCGACCAAAUAAGAUCUUGCCUAACUUGGUUUUACCUGCUACUCCUAAUUAUGACAUGUUUAUUAAGUAUGUAUGUGCAUUUAGGCUUAAUUAGGGGUUAUGGGUGCGGUCAGAUAGGAGGUUGGCGUAAUUGUCCAAAAUUCACGGGGUCUACAGUCCUGCGCCAAUAACAACAUCUAGCUCCCUUCCCUCUGACCUGUAAUCAAAGGCAUUAAAUCAUAAAAAUAUUGAUAUGCAUUCAGAUCUACUGUAAUAUUUUUUUUAAUUUAGAAACUGCUGUUAUUUGUCCUUCAUCUUCCGUUUAUCUUGCAAUAACUCAUUUCAGACAAUUUAACCCGAUGGUUUUGUGCUUCCAUUAUAUCAGGUGCUAGUAAUAUAGUCUCUGAUUUCCUGAAUCGGAAAAAUGUUCUGUGUUGUUAUAGCUGCAUUAUACUAAUGAAGUGUUGAAAUUAGGCUACACGGCAGCCUCAAAGCAGCCUUUUAUAUAAUUUCUUGUUUGGAUGGCUGAUCCUUGGUGUGUCAGAUGGUUGCUGAAACGUAGCAUCGUAAGGUAAUACGACGUCUAUUUUUACCUUGCGUAAUUAAGCCAUGUGGUCAAUAACCGCAAUUUUCUUGGGAACCAGAGAGCCGUAAGUCUUUCUGAUCAAUGCAUGAUUUUUCACUUGAAAUUCCGGGGGGGGGGGGCUCAGCAACGAAAUAAUUAUUUCAGUAUAGCAAUUAAGAGCUGAGAUGAAGCGUAAAAACAGCAGAGUCCCAAAAGAAGCCAGCCCACACCCCGAAAAGACUGGGAAUAGCAUUAUAACAAGUCACAAAUACUUGAGGGCCGUUGCAUGUCGAGAGGUCUUUAAUUGUCAAACAACCUUCGUUGAAUUAGCACAUUUAAAGCAAUAAUUAAUAAAAUCGAAUAAUGAAGUACACAGUUGGAACAAAAUCAAUAUGUCUGGAUUGACUCUAUAAUUGUGUUUUUUUGUGUUUGCAAAUUCUUUUACCUUUUUUUAUUGGUUAUUUUUUUAGAUAAUUGUCAUUUGUGACUUUGACACUUUUUUCUCAACUACGUUUCUUAAACAGAGGUAAGAAAUAAAUGGCAAAGGUUUUUAAAUGGA